AGGGUGAGGACAGAAGUACUCAUCUACCGAGUACAGAAGAAUGUAGCUCGGCCAUUUUGUUUCAAGACGCAGCAGAGGCUGGUUUUAAUGGUCGUGACGUUCCCCAUGAUGAAAGUGAAAGGUGAUUCAGCAUGUACACCUUUCCGAAUCAUCCAACUCGGAAUUGAAAAUACCUUUACAUUGUGUCGAAAUGUCGUGCCUCGUGCUGGCCUCGUGUGUCUUGCUGCCUAGAUUUAGAAAUCCGUAAUCUAGCCUGUAAUUUCCAGUUGGCGAAAUCAUCUGAAUACGUGGGUCAAAACUGCUGUGCAUUUGGCCGAAAUUUCGUCUAGUGUGACUUGUACGGAUUGGCUGCAAUUCAUCCCAUGAAGAUACUUCAGAGCAAUCAAAUUAGGAGAUUCAUAUUCUUAUCUAUCGAAGAAAUUGAGAACAUGGCAAAGUCUGAGCUUAGUUGCUGUCAUGCAGAUGCUUUCGUUGCAGCCAGCUGGGGUGCAUUAGGCGCAUGCCAAGGAGCUUGCAGAUUCAAGAAACAGUUACAAAGAAUCCUUCUCACGACAUCGAAGAGUUUCAUCAAGAUGUGUGAGUAUGUGUGAGUUUCACAUCUUGGUGAAACUCUUCGACGUAGUGAGAAGGAGACGGCUGACGAAUGGAUUCAACGUGAAACGAGCAUCAUGUCCCAACUAACUGAACAGAAUAAAAAAUAUGUGGAAGAGUUCGAGACUUUUUUACAAGAAAUUCGUAUCGAGCUUCCAUCAGACGAAAGAGGAAAUCGGAAGGGUGGUCGAAGAGAGAGAUGCUGCUCGUGAUGACAUCGCUGUACUUCAGGAUUUCAGGUGCAGACUGAUGCUCAACUCGCUGCUCUGACUGAACAGUACGACUAGGAGGGAGCAUUGCUUGUUGAGAAAUUGUCAGUUCAGAUUCAGAACGCACUUGGGGAGUUUCGCUGGGGCCAGAAGAAAUAAGAUCCUUCCCCUUCAGGCGAAGAUGGCGUUUCCAUUCUGGAACUGGGUGAGCUCCAGGAAGUCGUCCUGGACAUAUCCGUUACCAACACUGGAGAGUCGGCAUACGAGGCCGGUCUCUACGUCUCCCACCCGCGAUCGCUCAGCUUCAUCGGCCGAGUCUCGGAGGCCAAUCAACUGCUCUGCAACUCGUUUAACGCCACCAUGGUCACGUGCUCGCUGGGCAACCCUUUCAAACACGGUUUGUUGCCCUACCGUUCGACAGAUCUGGAUACGUCAAACUGCGGUUCAAUCCCAGCAACGUCGAGGAUUCCGAAGCCCGUCUGGCUUUCCUCAUCUUUACAAACACGACGUGUCAAGAACUCGAACCCGAAGGCAACAUUCCCGUCUACGCCAACGUGGUCAAAUGAGCCGAAAUCUCAAUCAAAGGAUUGGGCCGAUCGGAGCAGGUUUUUUUCGGUGGCGAGGUUCAAUCCACCAUCAAGUACCGUGACGAAAUCGGCCAGCCCCUGCUUCACUGCUACGAAAUCUACAAUGCGGGACCGUGGAAGGUGCCGUUCCUGUCGGUCAUCUUUUCGUGGCCCUACCAGGUCGAGAACGGGAAACCCAUCGGCAAAUGGCUCCUCUACAUGGACGAGACCCCUAAAGUCGACGGUGAUGGCGAGUGUAUCAUGGAUCCCAAGCAAGUGAACGUGCUCGAUCUCCCCAAGCGGCCCGGAUUCGUCGAGGCUCCCAUCGAGCAUUUGGCCAGACAUUUGCCCGUUCCGACCAUCAGCGACAUUGACGAGAACGAGAUUGUUGAAAUGGAUUCCGCGCCGGUCAAUUCAACCCGUCAGAAACGAUUGUGGAAUGCGACCCUUGUCGAGGAUUUCCCAGGCAUUCACACCGUCAAGAUACGUUCCAAAGCCCACAUUUCCCUGGAUCCUUCCCUGGAAAUCACACAGCGGAUGGAAGAUGAUCUCGAUUAUGCUGAAACGAUGGUGUACCCGGAUCGGUUGGACACUGGCGAGUCACCGUCCGUCCCUCUGUGGAUCAUCAUCGUCAGCGUUUUGGCCGGAAUUUUGCUGCUAGUCAUCCUCUUGCUCUGGAGACUGGGAUUCUUCAAGCGCUAUCGGCCCGACCCCACUCUGAAGGGCAGUCUACUCCAGAAAGACAAGGAGCUCAACGGUGAAUACUUUUCUUAGUGUUUUACGACGACGACGUUGACGCGAGAGGUGAGCUAGCAGCUUCCCCAUGUGCCUUUGUUAUGUUAUACCCCCAUUCGAUUUCGUGACCCGGCUCUGAUUGAGUGUGUGACGUAGUGAUCUCGCGCAAACCAACGAGUCGUUGAGAUUGAAAUGAGACAAAGGUUCAUAUAUUGUGUACACUUUUAAUUAAUUUAUACGAGUCUAUUUAAGUCGAAUUUAUACUGUCGAAUUCCCCUCUCUCUCCCAUCUCCCCACCCAUGUUGUGUUAGGUGUAAUUAAAUAUGCAUAGAUUAUAUUCGUGAUUUUAAAGUUAACGGGGAGGAAAGUGAAAGAGAGGGACGCGCUGUUCAUUCGGUCAUUGAGUGCGCGUUUCAGUGUGACACUAACCCUAAUUCACUGCUGUAGAUAUAUUUUUAUUCCUUUCGAGCUCAAGAAGAGAAAGUUUUAAAAAGAAAGAAACGUGAUUCCACAUCGCGCCCAUUUGUUUUCGUCCACUUUUCCCCCCCCCCCCUCCCCGCACACAUUGAUCGAUAUAAAUAUUGGCGAUUCACAGAAUUUUUAUUUUUUAAAUAGCUAUCUCAUCAUCUCGAUGUAGUGUCAAUGAUUUUAACAGUCCCUUGUACAUAAAUCAUUUAACAAGUAAAUACAACAAAAUUGAGUUCGUGUCUGAAACAGAAAA